AUGGUCGUGCACGAAGACGUGAUGGUGGAUCCCGGUGGGCAGACUGGUGGGCUGGGCUUCGAGACGUACGAGGUAAUGGUCGUUGGUGCAGGGCAGACAGGGCCGGGGCCUUCAGGAAUAGACGGGCAAGCUGAGCAGCCUGGGGGUGGAGGCGGAGUUGAUGUGACAGUAGUCGGCACUGACGGAGUCCAUGGUGGCAGAGUCGAGAUCGCAGUCGUUAUCCAGGUCGAUGAACCCCCUGGACAAGUUGGGCAUACCUCAGUGACGAUGGACGUAACAGUAGUCGGCACUGACGGAGUCCAUGGCGGAAGAGUCGAGAUCGCAGUCGAUGUCCAAGUUGAUGAACCCCCUGGGCAAGUUGGGCACACCUCAGUGACGAUGGACGUAACAGUAGUCGGCACUGAUGGCGUCCACGGUGGCAGAGUCGAGAUCGCGGUCGUCGUCCAAGUUGACGACCCCCCUGGGCAAGUUGGGCAUACUUCGGUAAUUGUAGACGUGACUGUAGUGGUUACAGACGAGGGAGGGGGAACAACAGUCGUGACUGGAGGUGGCGGCCCCCAGCUAGUUGGUGGCGGCUGCGGCUUCGUCCAGGUUUCGCAAGACGUAUAG